AUGCACCCCAGCAGGCGCAGCCUCCCUUUCCCCCUGAACUGUCAGCUCGUGAGGGUUGGAACUGCUGAUUAUGGAGGUGCCUCGGAUCAGAGUGACCAGCAGCUGGACUGUGCCUUGGACUUGAUGAGGCGCCUGCCUCCACAGCAAAUCGAGAAGAACCUCAGCGACCUGAUCGACCUGGUCCCCAGUCUGUGCGAAGAUCUCCUGUCUUCUGUUGACCAGCCCCUGAAAAUCGCCAGAGACAAGGUGGUGGGAAAGGAUUACCUUUUGUGCGAUUACAACAGAGACGGGGACUCGUACAGGUCACCAUGGAGUAACAAGUACGACCCUCCUUUGGAAGACGGGGCCAUGCCUUCUGCUCGACUGAGAAAGCUGGAGGUGGAAGCCAACAAUGCCUUUGACCAGUAUCGAGACCUGUAUUUUGAAGGUGGCGUCUCAUCUGUCUACCUCUGGGAUCUGGAUCAUGGCUUUGCUGGAGUGAUCCUCAUAAAGAAGGCUGGAGAUGGAUCAAAGAAGAUCAAGGGCUGCUGGGAUUCCAUCCACGUGGUGGAAGUGCAGGAGAAAUCCAGUGGUCGCACCGCCCAUUACAAGCUGACGUCCACUGUGAUGCUCUGGCUGCAGACCAACAAAUCUGGCUCUGGCACCAUGAACCUUGGAGGCAGCCUGACCAGACAGAUGGAGAAGGAUGAGACUGUGAGUGACUGCUCCCCGCACAUAGCCAAUAUCGGGCGCCUGGUAGAGGACAUGGAAAAUAAAAUCAGAAGUACGCUGAAUGAGAUCUACUUUGGAAAAACAAAGGACAUCGUCAAUGGGCUGAGGUCUGUGCAGACUUUCGCAGACAAAUCAAAGCAAGAAGCUCUUAAGAACGACCUGGUGGAGGCCUUGAAGAGAAAGCAGCAGUGUUAG